GACAGUACAGGGAGCCCAACAAUCCACAGUCACAAAUUAAACUCUUUCCCGCAGAGAGAGACAGUGCUAGACAUGACUGAUGCGGAAACAGAAGAGAAAGAAACCUGUGAAGAUGCUCAGAGAUUCAUGGAUCAAACAUUUCCUGUCACAGAAGAGAUGGCAUCUAUGUUUAAAAGGGUGAAGAGCUGUGAUUACAGUGAAAUCUCUGAAAAUAUUCUAAUUUCAGGAAUCCCAGAGCAUUCUGAGCAAAGUGAUUCUGAGGAACUUGAGGAAACCAAUGGACAAUUUCUGCCAGUCUCACAUCGUAUCUCACAAAACACUUCUAAUCUCAUCAGUUUUCCCCAUUUGUCCUCAGAGGAACUGAUGAAUAACUGUGGAAUUGAAGCUGAGACUUUUCCAGAGGCAGACAUUAGGGCAGAGUCGUCUCUUAGAACCCCUAAAACAUACCACACAGUUAGAUCAAAAGGGGAGGAGAUUAAACACAAGGUUACACCUCAAACUUCAGCCAGAAGCCCUGUAAUAAAAAUCAGACUUGGAAAAACACACCAAGAUGGUACGAGUGGACAAAAAGUAGGGUUACACUGUCCUAACCACAAUCUGCAGCCUCCAACGCCCUCUCCCAGAAAAACAAACCCAGCUUCCUGUGACGAUCAGGUUUCCAUUCCAGCGCAGUGCAUUUCUAAAGCAAGCGUCUCCCCCUCAGAGCGUUCGCCACCUCCUACACCUCACCGGUCUUCAGCAAUAAAGAACCACAGAACCUCCAAAACCUCUCACACUGAUCCAGAUGACGUCAGGAAAGGACAGCUGAGUCACCCUUUACCUGAUUUCUCCAAAGUGGAGCCGAGGGUACGCUUCCCGAAAAAGAGUGGAUACAAACCUCCUAAAAGCCGUCAACCUCCUGAUGAUAGAACUUCACACCCGGAUCUUCCUGUAGUGUUCAAGUCCCCUGCUGAGAUUGUGAGAGAGGUCCUUUUGAGCAGCUCUGAUAGGUCUCCAGGAAGCCCCUCCAUCAGUGGGGCCCACAAGCAUCUGCACAGCACAGUACCAGAGGAGUUCCGCUGCCCCCAGCAGGCCAGCACACUGAUGCAGCAGCUGCAGGAGGACUAUAACAGGCUGCUUACCAAGUACGCAGAAGCUGAAAAUACUAUCGAUCGACUUCGCCUUGAAGCAAAGGUUGGUCUCUGUUCUGAACCCCCAAAACCCAGUACAGCUAUCCUGUCAGGUGUUAUUCAGGAAGCGUCAAAGGUCAUAACGCUCAGUUUUCCUCAAGCGCAGAGGGCAGAGUUCGGCACAGGCUCUGCUCACCUGAUCCAGCAGAGGGAUCACUCAGAAAACUGCAGAAAAACACCAACUCGUCCUUCCUCUGUGAACUCGGUCAGCUUGAGGAGGUCUGGAUCUCUCACUGCAAACCACCUAACAGAGACUCUGACCAAACAAACUCAAAGAUUUCAGCUACAGGUUGAUGCUUUUGAGGCACUUCUAAAGAAUGGGAAGCUCAAGCCCUGUGAACAGAUAAAGGGUCUCUCCACACUGGCACAGGGGCAGGAGUCUCUUGAACAUGCAUACCUAGAUGCACGAGCCCAGUAUCAGAUGCAGCAGCAGCGAAAAGGCAGGCAUGUCACCUUUGACCCGGACAGGGACCUAGAAGGUCAGAUCUUCAGGUCAGGGAUGCGAUUGGAGGAGCUGAAGGAGUGGCUGGAGCAAGCAGAACAGAACAAACCCAUUUCUGAACCUACUUUAAACCCUCUGCCUCCUUCAGAUGUGCUCUGUGUGUCCAUGCUGGAGACCGAACCGCUGCCUGAGAGCCCACUGUCUGCUGUCCAUCCUGAGGCUUGUGUUGGUGUGGAGGUUAGUUCAGUUAGCGGAGAGAGUGAUGCAGACAGAGAGGAGGAAGAAGAGAUCCUCCCAUUUAUUCUUCAUCCCCUCCAUGUCAAACACCAGCGAGUGGAGAGAGACUUCAGUAAGCUCAUGGACUGCUAUCAGAGUUUUAAAGAGCUGCCUGGGAUGCUGGACCCAGCUGUGACUUUAAAGAGCCAUGACUUGCUGGAUUUUGGAGACUCUGCUUCUCUUGGGAAUACAAGUAUAACGGACAGACAACAACACAGGAUUUUUAAUGAGAAAAAGACGAUGACAUCUGCUCAGCAGCACGCAGCAGCAGAUUGUGUCCCUCCCUCCGGCCCAUCUGUCAGGUCACAGGUGUGUGACUCUAUGGAAACUCACCUAGAGGCUCUUUGCCACUCCUCGGUGUUGCCAGGGCAACCGGGCAGGGAAAGGAAAACAGCAGGAAACAGGAAAACUCAAAGCAGUAGCCUGACCAGCCUGGCAGAGAGCACAGAACCCAGAACUAUGGGUUUAAAAGCAAAGGCUAAGACUGUCAGAGCAUCCCCUCUGGAUUGGGUUAAGUCUCCAGAGACAGACAGUGGCUUUAUGGGCUCUGAGAGUCAGCUCACUCCUGCAGUACACAGUCCUCUCCAGCAGAGGGCAGUGGCGAGUUCCAUCGGGCCGUCUGGCCCGCGUACGAACACAGAAAGACCAGAGUCUGCUCCUCCUGCUAGACAGCCUUUUGCCGUCUCCCCCUCUCAAUCACAACCCUCUCCAAAUACCCAAGGAGAACACCUCACCAAGUCUGAAGGAUGCACGGGUCCUGUUAGGAGAAGAAGAGGGGAGGAAAUGUGUUCUUCUUCCAGCCUUACUCCCUCAUUAUCCCCCAUUCAUUGGCCCAAUAGCACCCUCCUGCCCUGGCCGAGCAGCCUGACCAGCCAAUCAGAGCAUGGGAGUGAUCAGGUCCGUUUCUUAUCAGGGGAUGAGAAAUCACAGGAUGGCCAGUACCCACAACCAGCCAAUCAGCAACUCCGCUCUCACAGAAGCCCUUCCCUCCAUGUGCCUUAUCACCACGGUGACCACCUGGAAGCCCAAAGUUCUGUUCAGCUAACAAAUCAGCAAGAGGCUCUUCGAUCUCUACAGCAAGAAGUGAACCAACUGAAAGAGAGACUAGAGGGAAAUCUGAGACUCUCCAAACCUACCAGUCCUGUCAGAGCGCCCACUUCUGCCAUAGAAGAUACCAGGGAUCAGGCUUCCCCACAGACCACAAGGUCUUCAGACAGGAGAAGGCAGCAGAAAGAGAGAGGGAGGAAUGGAGAACAAGAGAGAGGAAACUCGCCAAGAUCCGCAUCUUUACCUCGACAUCGGCCUCAAACUGAUCCAACGACUAAUUCGGAGCUUGUCCAAUCUGAGCCACGACCAUCAACUUUAAGACAUGUCCUGAUGUCCCCUAUGACAUCACGAGGAAGAGGACAAACCAGAGGAUUUGGACGUCACAAAGAGGACAGUACAUGCAGAUCCGACAAUAGAGAUGGAACCGAAUCAAGCCGAGGACCAGAACCUGCCUGCCCACAUUGCAUGUCAGACCGCACUGGUUCCUUGACACGUCCAGUGAGGAGUUGGAGCUCUCCACAUCUCUCACAGCCUUCCUGCAGCCAUUGCCCAUUGUGUGGUGCAUUACAAGCCAAUAAAAAUUUUUUCAGUCCCGUCAGAGAUGAGAGGCCAGGGGUCAGAGGUCAUCGCAGACGAUCGGUCUCUUUGGACCAUCAGCAGCACACUCUAGACAGCUCUCUGACCCAUGCCAUCACCGCAGCUAAAAACAUGAGAGAGGUCUCGCAUCGCAUGGCUCACUCUCUGGCCUCAGGACUGCACAGCAGUAGCUUCCUCACCUCAUCCUGCACCUACUGA